AUGGUCACAGAAACUGUUUCUUUAUCCGACGAAAAUAAAUCGAGUGAUUAUCCAGUUAAGCAAAAAUUUGCGUUAUUUUCAUUUGCAUCCGAGGAACAACAACAACAACAACAACAACAACAACAGGAGGAGCUGGAGCAGGCACAAGAACAUCCAACGCUGUCGUCUAUUGACUCCAAUCCAAAUUCAAAUUUGACCACCCCCAACACAACAAUGCUAGCUACUUCUCAAAGUGAAGAAGGAGGACCAGCUGAAGAAAAUGGAAAUGAAAUAGAUCAAGGUGAUGGACCUUUACCCACUCAAGCACAGAGAAUACCUUCUUUAGCUUCGGCAGAUAGCUGUAUUUUCGAAAGAGAUUGCUGUUUUCUCGAACCUCACAGAUCCAACUCUUUCGCAUCCUUUGGUAGUGUCACAGCAACACCAGUAUUAUCAGCAUCACAGCCGGUUCCAUUUGCCCUCGCAAACCCACCAAUGCAAAGAUCAAGGUCUUCGACUCGCAACUCGUCAACCUCACUACACUCAUACUCAGCUGCAGCUACAUCUUCUAAUCCAUUUCACGGAUAUUUGAGAACCGAGGAUCUUAUUCCACCAGCAUUAGAUGCCACAGCUCAAAUAUUAAACAAACAGUCAACCGAUUUGGAACAGGUUAACAUGAUAUAUUCAUCAAGACGUAACUCGUCAGUGGUUGCUUUAAAUAUGGCCUUGGGCCGUCCAAUUUCGCCUUUAUCAAGAAAAAACUCCUUUUAUAGCCCACUUGGUCAAUUAUCAGAAUCAAAAACACAACAAAAUGCGUCUCAAGCAAAAGAUCAAGUUGAGCUUGAGAGUAAUAACCAGUGCCUGCAACAACAACAACAACAACAACAACAACAACAACAACAACAACAAUCUCAACAACAACUACCUUCAUCCCCAUUAAACACAUCCACCGCACCCCCAUUAUUUACACAUUCCAAAUCACAAGUCAAUUUCUACUCCUUUGCCGAAAUGAUAAAUGAAGAAUCGCAGUAUUUGAGAAGACCAAUGAUGCAACGUUCAGCAUACUCACAAGGCAAUCUGCCAACGUUCAAGACCAUUGGCAGGUUUGGCUCCACUCCGAAGAAGAAAAAUUCCUUACACUAUACAAAUUCUUUAAGAAGUAAAAGUAAAUCACAACAAUCAACUUCCUCGUUGCCUCCUCCUCCUUCACCAUCUCCACAAGAAAGCAACUUGUACAAAUAUUUAAUCAACUCUACUAAAGACUUGCAAGAUGACGAUAAAACAGGUAGCGGUACAGACGACACUGAAAGUUUGAUCAGUUGCUCAGUUGCUGAAUGUAUAAGAGGUCUAACCACCCAAGUCAGCGGCCAUUAG